AUGGUAUUGUAUGUUGUUGGAGGAAGUCCAACAAUAGGAGCCAUGGAAAGGUAUAUUGCUUCAGUAUGGAACUUUGUGGCUAAACCUAAGGUUUAUUUUCAUAAUGAUAGUUUUUUUGUAGUUCGUUUCAAUUCGAUUGAGGAUAGGGAUGUAGUUCUGUAUUUAUGGCCUCACAUGCUGAAUAAUAAGCCUAUCAUUGUCAAAAUGUGGUCGGCUGAUUUUGAUUUCAAUAAAGAGGUUCUCCAAACUAUACCAAUAUCGGUGAAAUAUCCCAAUUUGCCUUUGAAUUGCUGGGGAAAGAGGUCACUUAGUAGGAUCAGCAGUGGAUUGGGAAUACCUCUCUAUGCGGAUGCUUGUACUACUCAAGUAGAUAGGAUCUCAUAUGCAAGGGUGUUGGUUGAAAUGGAUGUGACUAAGGAGCUUCCUAGAUCUAUUAAAGUGACUGAUCCUAAUGGAAAAGAGUUUAUGCAGGAAAUAACAUAUGAUUGGGAACCAGUUAAGGAGCAAUUGCAGUCGAAGGAGACUACAAAUGAAAAGAAUGCUAGUACUAGUAUAUCAAUGGCUAGUACUAGUGCAGGAGGUGAAAGAGGAAAUGAGGAGCAAAGGUGGCAGACUAUUAUAGGAAAAUCAGCAGCUAGAAGUAGAGAAAGACAACCAGCUGAUGUAGUAAAUGUCAUCAAUGGAUUUAAUCUACUUGCAGAGUCAAAACUACAACUAGCUAUGCCAAGACAAAUAGAGGGAGGAACAGGUAGACAUCAAGGUGAUACUGGGCAGGAAGACAAUUAUGAGUAUAGUAGCAAAGGAAAAAUAUGGUUGUUAUGGGACACAAAUGAAAUAGAGUGCAAAGAGGUGAGUAGCACUGCUCAGACUAUCCACACUAUAAUAUAUACUAGGAGAUUGGAUAUGAGAUUUACAUUUACAGCUGUAUAUGGAUUGCAUAGUAUUGAAGACAGAAGAAGUAUGUGGAGUGAACUAACUAGGUUGAACUCAAUACAACAAGGGCCAUGGUUGAUAAUGGGGGAUUACAAUGCUACUAGAUCAGCUGAAGAUAGACCAAUUGAUAAUCCUGUGCAAGAACUGGAGGUAAGAAACUUCAAUGAUUUUAUUGAAGAUACUGAAUUGACAGAAAUGAAGACUAGUGGAAGGAACUUUACAUGGACAAAUGGCCAUACUUAUAGCAAAAUUGAUAGAGCCUUGAUCAAUAUUGAUUGGAUGCUGGUAAUGCCACAACUAGAGGUUUGGAUUAUGGAUCCUCACUGUUCUGAUCAUUUACCAUUGAGUAUAGCACUGGAGGAGAAUGAAGAUUUUAGCUCCAAGCCUUUUAAAUUUCUAAAUGACCUAGCAGAGCAUGAUGAUUUUAUAAAGAUAGUUAAUGAAGCAUGGGAGAGGCCAUAG